GUGCAUGGUGCAACAUGUGUUGGAUAAUUCCAGAAGGAGCUUCGCAGUUUCCUUCGCUGUUGCAGAGUAAAGUCAAAGCAGAGCUCCAGCUUCACCUUGGACACACCACCUGGAAGUGUACAGACACAGGAGAGUUGACAUCUUAAAGCUUUCUGAUUCACAGAAGGGAAGUUUAGUCUGACUCUUGACCGCUUCGGACGUUUUAUUGAAUUUUGUUAGCCUGUUAGCCGAGCUGUCAAAAUGUUGAGUGUCGCAAGAACCGUUUCAAGGACUCUCCCGACAAGCAGCUGUACACGAAAUGUGUCCUCCUUGAUCAAGAAGGCAUGCUGGAGCGGUUUCCAACCUGAUGCGCUCAGAGCUCUGUCCAGAAGAGACUAUGCGUCAGAAGCUGUCAAGGGCGCAGUCAUUGGCAUCGACCUGGGAACCACCAACUCCUGUGUCGCAGUCAUGGAGGGUAAACAGGCCAAGGUGCUGGAGAACGCAGAGGGAGCCAGGACGACUCCUUCAGUCAUUGCCUUCACCGCAGAAGGGGAGCGUCUGGUGGGCAUGCCCGCUAAACGUCAGUCUGUCACUAAUCCUCAGAACACACUGUACGCCACCAAGAGGCUUAUCGGACGUCGCUUUGAUGACCCCGAGGUCCAGAAAGACAUGAAGAACGUACCCUUCAAGAUUGUUCGUGCGUCUAACGGCGAUGCCUGGUUGGAGGCUCAUGGGAAAAUGUACUCUCCCAGUCAGGCCGGAGCCUUCGUCCUGAUGAAGAUGAAGGAAACCGCAGAGAGCUACAUGGGAACCAAAGUGAAGAACGCUGUGGUGACUGUACCAGCCUACUUCAACGACUCUCAGAGACAGGCGACUAAAGAUGCCGGUCAGAUCUCUGGUCUGAACGUCCUGCGUGUGAUCAACGAGCCAACAGCUGCCGCUCUGGCCUACGGCCUGGACAAAACUCAGGAUAAGAUUAUUGCUGUGUAUGAUCUGGGUGGAGGUACCUUUGAUAUCUCAGUCCUGGAGAUCCAGAAAGGAGUUUUUGAGGUCAAGUCCACCAACGGAGACACCUUCCUGGGAGGAGAGGACUUCGAUCAGCACCUCCUAAGACACAUCGUCAAGGAGUUCAAGAGAGAAUCUGGUGUGGAUCUGACGAAAGACAACAUGGCUCUGCAGAGAGUCCGAGAGGCUGCUGAGAAGGCAAAGUGUGAGCUCUCCUCUUCACUGCAGACUGACAUCAACCUGCCCUACCUGACCAUGGACGCCUCAGGUCCCAAACAUCUCAACAUGAAGCUGACCCGCUCUCAGUUUGAAGGAAUCGUGGCUGACCUGAUCCGCCGCACCGUGGCUCCCUGUCAGAAGGCCAUGCAGGACGCAGAGGUGUCAAAGGGAGACAUCGGAGAGGUGCUGCUGGUCGGAGGAAUGAGCCGCAUGCCUAAGGUUCAACAAACGGUUCAGGAUCUGUUCGGCCGCGCUCCCAGCAAGUCUGUGAACCCAGAUGAGGCCGUCGCCAUAGGAGCAGCCAUCCAGGGUGGAGUUCUGGCUGGUGAUGUCACUGACGUGCUGCUGUUGGACGUGACACCACUGUCGCUGGGUAUCGAGACACUGGGCGGAGUCUUCACUAAACUUAUCAACAGGAACACCACGAUCCCCACCAAGAAGGGCCAGGUGUUCUCCACAGCUGCUGACGGGCAGACUCAGGUAGAGAUCAAGGUGUGCCAGGGUGAGAGAGAGAUGGCUGCAGACAACAAGGUGCUGGGUCAGUUCACCCUGGUGGGAAUCCCCCCAGCCCCCCGCGGCGUUCCUCAGAUUGAGGUCACCUUUGACAUCGACGCCAAUGGUAUCGUCCACGUGUCUGCCAAGGACAAGGGCACAGGCCGGGAACAGCAGAUUGUGAUCCAGUCAUCAGGAGGACUCAGCAAAGACGACAUCGAGAACAUGGUCAAGAAUGCUGAGAAGUACGCAGAGGAGGACAGGAGGAGGAAGGACCGUGUGGAGGCCGUCAACAUGGCUGAGGGCAUCAUCCAUGACACAGAGUCCAAGAUGGAGGAGUUCAAGGACCAGCUUCCUGCCGAUGAGUGCACCAAGCUGAAGGAAGAGAUCACCAAGGUUAAGGAUCUUCUGGCCAACAAGGACUCAGAAACAGGAGAGAACAUCAAGCAGGCAGCCACCACCCUGCAGCAGGCGUCACUCAAACUCUUCGAAAUGGCUUACAAGAAGAUGGCAGCAGAGCGAGAAGGCAGCAGUGGCGGCAGCGGCAGCAGCGGCAGCAGCGGCAGCUCGGGCUCAUCAGAGGGAGAGAAGAAAGAGGGCCAGCAGUAGAGCCUUUGCACUUUUGUGUCACUGGGAGUCCAGGACAACAGAGGACUGUUGGACUCGAGGGUUGGACUGGGCGGGGAGGGGGUUGCAGCCACGAGUGACAAACUGAAAACUUGGUCAUUCUGAGCGUAAUAAAUUAUUCUACUGUGUUUUGGCAGUACAAUAGAUAAAUGUCAGUGUAUGCUCCUCCAUGUCCUAUGAUAUCCUGUCUGUUUGUAAUUUAAUUGUCUCAUAAACAAUGUCAUGUAUGUUUAUUUUUACACAGCUGAUCAUUCACAUUCUGAGGUAGUAAAGUUGUUUUUUUGUCUACUACAUCAUGUAGGUUUCAUGUUUGUUUUGUCAUCUGAAGCAGUUCAGCUUGUUCAUGUUCGUACCAGAAGAGCUAAGUCCAGACGCUUUCCUACAUAUAAUAAUAAUAUUGUACAGUGCUCUACAUUCAUUAUAGCCAUCUUUUAAUAGCGCACUCAAUACGUCUAGAGUUAAAGUACAAACAUUUUCAAGUUUAUUUGACCUUGUCUCAGAAACUCGUUCUCCUGGAUGCACUCUGAAGACUUGCAGGAUUGACUCAAAAGAUGACUUUUAUUCAUUUCAUCAGUUUUAUUCCUCAAGUCUGUUUAAAAAAAGCAUCUGCAGCACUCGCAGAGGAGAUUUGAUCCUCUUCCUCUGAGGUCCUGUGACUCUUAGCAAACUGGUUAAAGCCCAGAGGACAUCAGGAGUCAGUUCUUCAGUUACUAUUGGGGGGGACUGAAAUAUUAAGUCAGUAUAUGUGAGAGGAUGAGGCCACACUUCAGUUCUUUUAUUUCAUAUUUGAUAAAUAAGAAUGGAGGCCCUCUAAGUGUGAGCGAUUUUAAUUCUUUGCAUCCUCGUUUGUAGCGUCGCUCUCAGACGGAGCUGACUCCAGUUAAAGUAGAAAUAGCUGCGGCGAGUCUGGAUGUUUUGAAGUUGCACAGUAGAGGACGAGGCCUUAGUCCCUUCUUGUUUCAGACAGCAGGAGGAAGAGUUGGCCAUGUCAUUCCCCUCCAGGAGGACGUGUUAUUGCUGCCAUACACCGCUCUCUCUCUGUGUUCUGUGAUCAUUGCUGCUCGCCGGUUGAACUCUGGAGGCAGCUGAUAGGUUGAAAUUGGGGGGGAAGCUGUUCUUUUUUUUUUUUUAAGGGGUGUGAUUGUAUUCCUGGAGUGAAAAUCGAGGGUCAUGAUAAGUGUUGCUGUCUUUUCUAAUAAAAAUCUGAAAUGCGA